AUGGCAUCUCCGUAUAGAACGAUGGCCCAAAACACAGCCACAAGAAGAAAGCUCUCCCACGGGUCUCCACUUGUCCAUGACAACAACCCGAGGAGCCGAUUUAGGGGAAGCAAGAACGGAUUGGACCGUUGCUUCGAGGUUAACGAGGACCCGGAAAUGCUUGUCGGCGAGAACGCAGCCAUCGUGGGCGGAACGGACUCCCUCGAAAGGGACGCCCCUGCGGCCCCAUCGUGUUGGGCAUCUGACCAUCCGACCCAGGCGUGCUCAUCCUGGAAAGUUCGAGUGCUGAAUCUUCGCUUUUGCCGCAACCUCGCAAUCAAAUUCGUUGUUGAUAACCGCUCCAAUUCCUUUCACGUCGGAGUCAGUGGGGUUGAUUCGCAGACGCUUCAUAAUUGCUGGUACAGCACAAUGGCGCACCGCAUCAUAUCGCAGAUUGUCGUUACAGGGAGCCGGGUCCUUGGCCGGGCAUUUGCAGAGGCGUACAAGCAGGCGUCGGCGUCUUCCAAAUACGCAUCUCAUGCGCAAAAGAAUGGCUCCUCGGUAUCGAACACGUUCGCUUCGUCGGGCUUGACUCUUGACGAAGCUUGCAAAAUACUGAACGUAAAGCCACCGAAGGGUGGGGAAGCCAACUUGGAGCAGACUAUGGAGAGGUUUAAAAAAUUAUUCGACCUAAACGAUCCGAAGAAGGGCGGGAGCUUUUAUCUACAAAGCAAAAUUCUCCGCGCUCGAGAACGCAUUGAAAUGGAGGUUAGAGAGGCAGAGCGGAAAGCAAAAAUGGACAAAGAAGUGCGAGAAGGAUGGAACCCGAAAGUGUACAAAGACAGAUGA